CAUCUUCACCUUUGCUUAUACACAUUUUUAUUCUCUCAUAUACGAACUCAGCCAAUUUCAGAACUCUUAUUUUCCAAUAUGGCUCAUCUUUCAGAUCUCGUUAAUCUCAAUCUCUCUGACUCCACUCAGAAAAUUAUUGCUGAAUACAUAUGGAUUGGUGGAUCAGGAAUGGACGUCAGGAGCAAAGCCAGAACACUUUCUGGACCUGUUGAUGAUCCUUCAAAGCUUCCCAAAUGGAAUUAUGAUGGUUCUAGCACAGGACAAGCUCCUGGAGAAGACAGUGAAGUGAUCCUAUAUCCUCAAGCAAUUUUCAAGGAUCCAUUCAGAAGGGGCAACAAUAUCUUGGUCAUUUGUGAUUGUUACACCCCAGCUGGUGAACCCAUUCCAACAAACAAAAGGCACAGUGCUGCCAAGAUUUUCAGCCACCCUGAUGUUGUUGUUGAGGAACCCUGGUAUGGUCUUGAGCAAGAAUACACCUUGCUGCAAAAAGAUAUCAAUUGGCCUCUUGGAUGGCCUCUUGGUGGUUUUCCUGGACCACAGGGACCAUACUAUUGUGGAAUUGGAGCUGGAAAGGCUUUUGGACGCGAUAUCGUUGACUCUCAUUAUAAGGCAUGUCUCUAUGCUGGGAUUAACAUCAGUGGUAUCAAUGGAGAAGUGAUGCCCGGACAGUGGGAAUUUCAAGUUGGACCUUCAGUUGGCAUUUCAGCAGCUGAUGAAUUGUGGGCAGCUCGUUACAUUCUUGAGAGGAUUACUGAGAUUGCUGGAGUUGUGGUGUCAUUUGACCCUAAACCUAUUCCGGGUGAUUGGAAUGGUGCAGGUGCUCAUACAAACUACAGCACAAAGUCUAUGAGGAAUGAAGGAGGCUAUGAAGUCAUUAAGAAGGCAAUUGAGAAGCUUGGACUGAGGCACAAGGAGCAUAUUGCAGCAUAUGGUGAAGGCAACGAGCGUCGUCUCACUGGAAGACACGAAACAGCUGACAUCAACACAUUCAAAUGGGGAGUUGCAAACCGUGGUGCAUCUAUUCGUGUGGGAAGAGACACGGAGAAGGAAGGAAAGGGAUACUUCGAGGAUAGGAGGCCUGCUUCGAACAUGGAUCCAUACGUCGUGACUUCCAUGAUUGCUGAGACCACAAUCCUGUUCAAGCCCUGAGUAUGUAGUCGUCUUUUGAGGAUUCGACGAGUAUUAAUUCUCGGGUGGAAAAUUUGGAGAAAGAAUUGAAUUUCGGAACAACCCUUUCCUCACAAUGUCAUUAGGGUAUAGUUAGAUAUCUUGUAAUGUUCUGCUGUUUCCUGGUUUCCAUUUGUAUUAUAUUCAGCAAAGCUGAGUUCAUUGCCUGUGAUUUGGCAAUGGUGUAAAAUAACAGUGUUGAUCUUAUUAUUAAUAACAACAUGGAAGGGUUUAACUUA